AUGCCUUCAGUCGCAGAAAAGUCGCCUUCGCUCGCCUCCCUCUCUUCUCUUUUUCCCGUCACAAAUCCUGUCCCCAAUCCUCUUACCCACCCCGACCUUCUUACUGUCAAGGAUCUCAGCAGAGAAGAGGACCUCCUCCGUAACCCUGAGUCCUUCCGCGCAUGGUGGUCUGCCAUUCAGGCUACUCGCGAAGCCUUCACCGCAGAACUCAGGGAAGAGCAACGCGCCUCUGCUCCUGAUGAAGCUACUAUGCUGCUUGGGCCUUUGGCCACACCUCUCGGCAGGCGCUCGCUCCAGUGCUUAACCUACCUCUACGAGUCUGCUCUCACUCAGUUCCCCAGCUCUUUCAAACUAUGGAAAGCGUAUCUGAAUGUGCGCAUGUCCUAUGUAUGCGGUAGGCUUGUCCAGAAGAAGCGCUCUGGGGGAAAGAAGAAAUUCCCCGAAAUGAAGGAUGCACUUGAGGAUGAAAAGGAGGAUAUUGAGCAGUGGGAGGGUGGUCUCGACGGCGUGGUAGGCUGGGAGGAGUGGAAAUCACUGAUUGCGACUUUUGAGAGGGCGCUCAUGUGGCUACCAAAGAUGCCGCGACUUUGGCUCAUGUAUACCUCUAUUUUCUUCCACCCAAUGUGUCCGUCGGUGAUGUCGUAUACUCAUGCACGACGAACCUUCGACCGGGCCCUUCGCACCCUUCCCCCAUCCCUUCAUUCCCGGAUAUGGGUCCGGUACCUCCUGUGGGCCGAAAGCAGAGGCGGCCAGACCACUGUCUCCAUUUAUCGUCGAUACCUCGCAGUUGAUCCAAGUGUCACCGAGCGUUAUACGACCCUGCUCCUUGCCCCAGUUGAUGGCCCUCCGCGUCCUCUUGAGGCUGCAAAGCUCCUCCUCUCUUUAGCUCGGAAAGCCUCCCGAGGCGAGUACACCAGCCCGGAGGCAAAGAGCCCCUACCAGAUUCUUGGAGACUUCCUGGACAUUGUCGAGAAGUUCUCGGACGAUGUCGGGCUGGACGUCGAGAGUACUGUCUCGGACAACAAGGCCAUCGAGGCCGCGGAACAGGCUGCUGAAGCCGAGAAGGCUCAAUCUGCAGAACCGGUAUCCGUGGACGGCCAGCUUAUACGGAUGGGUGGGCCUCCGGUUAAUGUCACCGCCGAGGGCAAGCCUGCGCCAGUAUAUGCCGAAGAUGAAGAUCCUCUCAGCUCGCGGAAGCUCAACAUUGAGCAGAUCGUUCGAAAAGACGGUUUGGAAGUGUACAAGGACCAGGCUGGUAGGCUCUGGACCGGGCUUGCCACCUACUGGAUCAAGCGCGGCGAGUUCGACAGGGCGAAGGAGACGUUCGAGUCGGGUUUGGCAACUGUCAUGACCGUCCGUGACUUCACGCAGAUCUUCGACUCCUACGCCGAGUUCAGCGAAUCGCUCAUUGCGGCCAUAAUGGAGAGCUUGGAAGAUCCGGACGACGACGAAGAUGAGGAGGACGUCAAAGAGACGGAACGUGACCUCGAUGCGAAGAUGAAGGAGUUUGAAGCGCUCAUGGACCGGAGACCGUUCUUGUUGAACGACGUUCUGAUCCGCCGUAAUCCAAAUGAUGUCACUGAAUGGGAAAAGAGAGUUGCUCUUUGGGGAGAGGAUGACGAACGGGUCGCGGAGACUUAUACGAAGGCUCUGGAAACGGUCAACCCCCGCAAAGCGACGGCCAAUCUGCAUUUGCUCUACGUCAACUUUGCCAAGUUCUACGAGGAGGGUGGUGCGUCUGGCUCUGCCGAGCCCGACCUUAGCAGCGCCCGUAAGAUACUGGAGAAGGCUACCAAGGUGAACUUCAAGACAGUCGAAGACCUUGCCGAGAUCUGGAUCGAGUGGGCAGAGCUCGAGAUUCGUCAUGACAACUAUGAUGAGGCUAUUAGAGUGAUGCAACGCGCCGCAGCCAUCCCCAAGAAUACCAAAAUCAACUAUCAUGACCACGCGCUGCCCGUUCAGGCAAGGUUGUUCAAGUCUCUGAAGCUCUGGUCAUUCUAUGUGGACUUAGAGGAGUCUUUGGGUACUGUGGAGUCUGCGAAGGCGGUAUACGACAAGAUCAUGGACCUCAAGAUUGCUAAUGCCCAGAUCAUCGUCAAUUAUGCAUGCUUCCUGGAGGAUAACCAGUACUGGGAGGACAGCUUCCGAGUCUACGAAAGAGGCACUGAAGUAUUCACCUUCCCUAUAUCGUUUGAAAUUUGGAAUAUAUACCUGUCUAAGUUCAUCAAGCGAUAUGGUGGCUCGAAACUUGAACGUACUCGCGACCUCUUCGAGCAAGCUCUGGAGAAGUGCCCGGACAAAUCAUGCAAACCUCUCUUCCUUAUGUACGCCAAACUCGAAGAGGACUACGGUCUCGCCAAGAGAGCCAUGUCAAUUUUCGAGCGGGCAACGCAGGUUGUAGCAGACGAAGACAAGUUCGAAAUGUACACCAUCUACAUCGCUAAAGCAACCGCCAACUACGGUCUCCCCGCCACGCGUCCUAUAUACGAGCGCGCUCUGGAGGUUCUGCCAGACAAGCAGACUGCAGAGAUGUGCCUGCGGUUCGCAGCUCUCGAACGGAAGCUCGGUGAAAUCGAUCGGGCACGCGCUGUCUAUGCUCAUGCAUCGCAGUUCUGCGACCCUCGGACCAACACCAAAUUCUGGUCAGAGUGGAACAGCUUCGAGAUUGAAACGGGAUCAGAAGACACGUUCCGCGAAAUGCUCCGCAUCAAGCGUAGCGUGCAGGCACAGUUCAACACCGAGGCUUCGUAUCUCGCCGCCCAAACAAAUUCGGUGAGACAGGAUAACGGCAGACGUGUCGUGGAAGAGGACGAUGAGCCUGAUGUGGACCCUAUGGCCGCUGCGGAGCAGCAGGCUGGGAAAGCCAAUGGUUUUGUUGCGGCACAAAAGACUGCUCUGCGGCCAACGGAGGAUGGCGAUCAGCCGAUGGCGCGCGCGGUGGGUGUGGCCAACACGGACGAGAUUCACAUAUCCGACGACGAAGAUGUAUGA